AUGGCUGAAGGAAAGAAACCAGCAGUCUUGAUUGUCGGAGGAUUGGGAUUCAUUGGUCGUCACUUCGCCCUGUACCUCCACCAAAACAAUCUCGCAUCGGAAGUCCGUCUCGUUGAUAAGGUGCUACCUCAGCUGGCUUGGCUGGCACCCGAAUUUCAGGAAGCCUGUUCCAAGGAUAAGUUCGUUCAGGCCGAUGCCAGUCGGGAACAGCACUUCCCACGGAUAUUCGACCGAGCCAAUGGCGAACAGUUCGACUACGUGAUCAACUGUGGCGGCGAAACCAGACACUCCCAGCCCGAUGACGUCUACGAGGUCCGUAGCUAUGCCCUGGCCGUGGCACUAGGCAAGGAAGUCGCUCGUCGCGGGAUCCGAUCCUUCGUCGAAUGCUCGACCGCCCAUGUUUACAAGGGUGGAGCGACCCCGCGGAAAGAGGACGACAAGCUUCAGCCCUGGCACCGCUUGGCGAAGUGGAAAAUGAAGGCUAGUGAGGAAUUGAAGAAGAUCCCUGGCCUCAAUUACUGUCUUGUGCGCCUGCCCCACGUCUAUGGUGAAUACGACCAUGGUUACUUCGCCAUGGGUGUUUGCCUCGCACGCGUGUACUUGGAUUUGCAGCGGGAUUUGGAACUGCUCCACACCAAGGACUUGAAGGUCAACACUCUCUACGUUCAGGAUGCUGCGAGUGCCUUGUGGAAGGCCGCUGAGUGGAGAGCCAGCACAACAGACUCCCCUCAAAUGGCCUUCAACGUGGUCGACCAUGGCGACACCCGUCAGGGUCAUCUGGCAGAGGCCCUGGAUGCCGUAUUCGGACUCAAGUGUUCUUUCCUGGGCUCCGUGGCGUCCCAAUUCGCCAAGUUGAACCUGGACGAAGUCGUCGAUGACAUGAACGAAGUCAGCUUGCAGGUCUGGGCUGAGUUACUUGAAAAGAAGGGCAUUGAGCGCCCCGGCCCAAUCAGCCCCUUCCUCGAACGCGACGUGCUUAAGGACCAGGACAUGUCCAUUGACGGCACGCUCUUCGAGAUUACCACCGGCUGGAAGCCCAGCCGGGAACGAUUCGACGCCGAUGGUGUCCGCGCAAUGGUCGAGAGUUACAAGCGCAUGGGCUGGUGGCCAUAG